AUGUCCGGUCGUGGUAAAGGAAAAGCUAAGGGCACCAAGUCCAAAAGCCGCUCAUCCCGAGCAGGGCUUCAAUUCCCAGUUGGUCGAAUCCAUCGUCUUCUCCGCAAAGGCAAUUACGCCGAGCGAGUUGGCGCCGGUGCUCCAGUGUACUUGGCUGCUGUGCUGGAAUAUUUGAGCGCUGAGAUCCUCGAGUUGGCGGGCAACGCUGCUCGUGACAACAAGAAAACUAGAAUUAUUCCCCGUCACCUUCAGCUGGCUGUGCGUAAUGACGAAGAGUUGAACAAACUGCUCGCCGGUGUCACCAUCGCACAGGGAGGUGUUCUUCCCAACAUCCAAGCGGUACUUCUACCCAAGAAGACCGAGAAGAAACCCAAGGCUUAA